GCUCCAUCAUCAAAUUCACAAGUCUUACUAGCUUUCAUUGUACAUUCCCUCCCUGACAAUGCGUUUGUCAUUUUUGCCGUUGUUGCUUUUGCCAUUGGCCCAGAUCGGCCUUGCGUUGCCCCAUCAGAAGACUCAACCAAAGCCGUGUGGAUCAAAUGGAACCACGAAAUUUCCUCCACCUUGCAAACCGAUUGCACCAAGGCCAGGCCAGGAGACUGACAAGAGGUUCUUCCGAUACGGUGAAGCCUUCAUUGUGGACAAAGACCUCACAAAAGCCUUCAGAUAUAUCUCGGCCAACUACACUAAUCAUCACCCGGGGGCGGGUAGUACAGUUGCUGCUUUCAAUGAUCUCAGUCAACUUUGGCCACCCAUGAACAUCACCGUACUCCGAAUCGCGUUUAAGGGUGAUACGGGCUGGCUAAACUACCUUGCAAACGGCACUGAAGUCGUCGAUAGAUACCGCUGGGAGUCUGGUUGUAUUGUUGAACAUUGGGAUGAAGGCGAGGUAUUUCCAGACUGCGGUGUGUUUUAGAUGAUAAAUGCACCAUGGAAUAUUACUCGAGCUGAAGACAUACGGACUGGUAUUUGAACGGAGCCGAAAACGUUGAUGACGCGUGAAAGUUAAUUCGACCCGGCUGCUAUCUUAGUGGAGUUUAGAAGGGAGUAUCUAGAACUAUUAGCGAGUAUAAACGGCUGGGACUUGUGCAGGGUCUUGGAUGGGAGUGGAAGUUUCAGUCCUUACAGCUUUCUUUACCUUAGUACCGGGGUCAAUUGCCCAGCUGG